ACAGCAUGGAUGAUGAUAAUGAUGAGAAAGAUGACUCAAAGAGGAAGUCAAGAAAUCUUAGUGAAAAGAAACGAAGAGAUCAAUUCAACAUACUCAUCAAUGAGUUAUGUUCAAUGGUAUCUUCGUCUACUCGAAAAAUGGAUAAAUCAUCUGUUCUUAAAUCCACAAUUUCAUUUUUAAGAAGUCAUAGUGAAAUUUCUAUUCAGUCUCAGUCAUCAGAGGUUCAAGAAAAUUGGAAACCUUCUUUCUUAUCUAAUGAAGAAUUUACUCAUUUAAUGCUAGAGGCUCUAGAUGGUUUUAUCAUAGUAUUUUCAUGUAAUGGUAGAAUAUUGUAUACAUCAGAAAGUAUUUUUUCACUUCUUGGAUACAUUCCUGGAAAUCUUAAUGUGUCUAUAUUUGACAUUAUUCAUGAAAGUGAUAAACAGUCACUUCACAAACUGCUUAACACUUCAAAUUUUACUGAUUCUAAUCAUAUUCAAUCUAAAGAUUCUCUGUUAUCAUUAAUGGUUUAUAUUAAACAUGGACCAAUGCAUUCCCAAAAUUCUCCUACUUAUGAACUUGUUCGUCUUGUGGGUAACUUUCAUCACUGGAAAAAUGUAUCUGCAGAUGGACCAAACAUUCACAAUUUUGAAUAUGAUAAUAGCAGCAGUUGUUCUCAUGUUUCUAGUAAUGCUGAGUGGCAGCUUUGCUUUGUAGCUAUGGCAAGAUUGCAAACUCCAAAGCUUCUAAGAGAAAUGUCAUUACUAGAUGAGUCUAAGAAUGAAUUUACAUCUAGGCAUAGUCUAGAGUGGAAAUUUCUUUUUCUUGAUCAUAGAGCACCACCAAUAAUAGGAUACUUACCAUUUGAAGUAUUAGGAACUUCUGGAUAUGAUUAUUAUCAUAUAGAUGAUUUAGAAAAAGUUGCAGCAUGUCAUGAAGCAUUGAUGCAGACUGGUGAAGGCACUUCUUGUUGCUAUCGGUUUUUGACAAAAGGUCAACAGUGGAUUUGGCUUCAAACUCGUUACUACAUUACUUAUCAUCAAUGGAAUUCUAAACCUGAAUUCAUUGUUUGUACACAUACUGUAGUCGGUACUUGCUAUGUCUUCAUACAGUUUGCGACACCUAAGGUAAAAUGCGUUAAUGCUCUUCCCAGUUAUAAACAAGUGCAGACGACUAUAUACAAAGAAAACCCUCUCCACAAAUCUGAUAACCUAGUCAAAUUAGAGCAAUUACAGGGAUCUGCUGCAGCAACACCAGUUUCUUGUUCAAGCAGUAAUCAGUCGCUUGCUCUUUCAGCUAGUUCUAGGGAUAGUAUAUCAUCAAAUCAGUCAGAAAUGUCUUCAGUAACAACAUCAGGUGUUCAAUCAUAUGAUCCUAUGUCUUAUGAAAUGAGAACUAACAUUCAACAUCUUCCUCCAAGAAGCAAAAAUCAAACAGAUUACUUCAGUCCAUCUAAUACAAAAACUGUUCCAAAUUGUAGAUCUGUGAUGAUUAAUGAUUCUAAUGUAGCAAAUAUGUCACAAACAACAAUAGCUCCAACCACAAGUCAAUCUUCAACUAUGACAAUUUCUACUUUGCAACCAGUUAUUGGGUUGAUAGGACCACCUUUAUGUACAAAUAAUACAACACCAGCUAUACAACCUUCUAACAGUCAUGUUGAAAGAUAUCAGUCAACAUUUUCAAUGGCAUCUGAUCAAUCUCAGCUUCAAGAUUACUUAAGAAGACGUCAUCAACUGCUACAACAGCAAAUUUUGAUGCAGCAAGAAGAAUUACGUCGUGUCUCAGAACAAUUAAUGUUGGUACAAUUUGUAACUCCAAAUCUAGUGUCAUCACCAUCAUAUCAAUAUCCUACUUCUUCCAUAAAUAUGGUAUCAACACCACCCAAUCCAUGUGUUCAAAUACAACAAGUAAUGAAUCCAUUAAUUCACUGCAGAGAAUCUGGCUGUGAAAAUUUACCAUCACAGUCUGCCAAAUCAUUAUCUGAUGCUGUUACAAAUCAAGAGAUGUUAAUGUCUCCUCAACAAAUGAUUCCAAUUCAGUUACCAUCACAAGAAGAAGAAUCAAUAUAUGCUCAAGAAUUUGCAACAUCUCAUCAGUCAGUUAUGCAAAACACUUGAUUUUUGCAUUUGGUAAUUAAAUUUGAGCAGGAAUAUUUACAGUAUUUUUCCAGUUUGAUACAUUAUAUAUAUUGUACAAGAAAUUUA